GAUUUUUUCGAGCAUCAGUGGCUGUAAAAUUUGGUCCUCCCUUGGAUUUGUCCGGUUUGUCUCCGUUUCGUCCUUUUGUGAAAAAUUGAAUUUUUUGAAUGGGACUUUAUUGCAAACUGUCCGUUUAGUGACUUUAGUGGUGUGUGACUUUAAAAACCGUAAAUAAUGACCAAGGAUAGAUUAGCUGCCCUGGUUGCAGCUCAAAGCGAUGAUGAUGACGUUGGGACUGACGACGUCGCGGUCACGGUGGAGGGCCGCGACGGUGAAUUCAUGAAUCAGUUCUUUCAAGAGGUGGAAGAUAUACGUGAAAUGAUAGACAAGAUCCAGGCGAAUGUCGAAGAAGUCAAGAAAAAACACAGUGCCAUUUUGUCAGCACCUCAGAGCGAUGACAAGACUAAACAGGAACUGGAAGACCUAAUGAGCGACAUAAAGAAAUCUGCCAAUAAAGUUCGUGCCAAGUUAAAGGUUAUAGAGCAAGGCAUAGAUAAUGAAGAAACGAACAACAAAAAUUCCGCCGAUCUCAGGAUACGAAAAAUUCAACAGUCGACGCUGUCCAGGAAGUUUGUCGAGGUGAUGACGGAGUAUAAUAGGACACAGACCGAUUAUAGGGAGCGAUGUAAAGCCAGGAUAAUGAGACAGUUAGAAAUCACGGGAAGAACGACAACUAAUGAAGAACUAGAAGAAAUGUUAGAGCAGGACAAUUCGGCCGUUUUUACACAAGGUAUAAUAAUGGAAACGCAACAAGCCAAGCAGACGUUAGCCGAUAUCGAGGCCCGACACGCCGACAUUAUCAAAUUAGAAAAUUCAAUUAGAGAGCUCCAUGAUAUGUUUAUGGACAUGGCGAUGCUGGUUGAGAAUCAGGGUGAAAUGAUCGAUCGUAUCGAAUUCCACGUAGAGCAUGCAGUGGACUACGUCCAAACUGCCACUCAGGACACCAAAAAGGCUCUGCGGUAUCAGAGCCGCGCCCGACGGGCUGGUUCCCAAGAUGUAUUUAUUAUAGACUCUCUAUCUGAAAUGAAAGAAUUUGAGCUACCAGAAUUGGAUCAUUCUGACUAGAUCUUCUAGUGAUUUAGAACAAACUAAAUUUUACAUAAUUUACUAUAAAAUAUCGGAAACGUAAGAAAGCUUUGUUCAAUAAGUGAUUCUAAAAAUAAAUUGGAAAUGUUUGUUUCAAAUAUAAUGAGAAACAGGUCCCUAUAAGAUUAUUACUAAUUGUAAAUUCUUGAGAUAUCUGACUAAUUUCUUAUUAUUGAAUCAUAUUAAGGAAAUGAUAGAAUUCUCUAACGAAAAGAACCUGCAGAACUGGCUUACUCUUAGUUCUUUUUUCCCCUAAGAUUUAUGUUGUUUUUAAUGGCAGCAUCAAUUUCUUAUUGAACUCUUAAUGUAUGGACUUGUUGAAAAAAAUGUUUUCCAAAAUUCCUUAAAAUUAGACGUGCACUCCGAGAAAAUUCUGACCAGUAGUAAACUUUGUGGAAAGUUUUCAAAAACAGCAGCUAAGGUACUUUCCUCGAACCCCUACUUACAAAAAGUGGUUCGACAAGGAAGCAAAGCAUACAUUUUCCGAAACAAAUUCACAAAUAUUAAGAGUUCUAUCAUCUCCAUGUGGUCUGGGACAAUUUUUUUUUUCUGCAUCUUGUAUUCUAUAAAAUCCUCUUUUUUUUUUUAGUUUUUCUAAAACCCAAUUGACAAACAAAACCACACUACAUUCUAGAAGAACACUAGCUUAUAAUAGCAGAAUAGUUCAUUACAAAAAUAAGUGAUAUACAACUCUAAACUCUUUUGUUAACCUAACACCCCCUGUAUUUUAUUGGUACUGUGAUUUAUUUAAGAUUUUAAGGACGAAGUGAACAAAUGUGUGAUAAGUUCAUUUUGCGUAUUUAUUUGGUUGCAGUUAAUUUGCAAUACUCAUGAGGUCUGUGUCUGUCUGAGACUAAACAGACCUAAUUAACGUUUAUAAAAGAGUUGUUCAUGGUAUGUAGUAUUAACAUAAGAAUUAAAUGUGUUUUUUUCGAGUCAGUAGUAAAUUAUUGUAAGGAACACUGGUCAGAUGAAAUUGGCUUUAAAACAAACCUGUCUUUGCCUUUUUUUGGAUGUGAUUUUCGUACAGUCAAUUCAAAUAUAUUGUAGUUUAAACAUAAUUAUCCAGGUUUUAGGAAUUUAGCAAAAUACCUACUGCCUCGAAAAAAAAUAAAUAUAUAUAUAUAUACAAAUACCUCUAAUUUUAGAUAAUAUAUGUCAUAGUUUGUAUUAUGUUUGUUUCAGCAAGAAAACAGAAUAUUUUGUUUUUGCAAUCCUUUGAAAAUUCUGAUUCUUAUUGGGGCAGACCUAAAAGGUGCAUUUACUUUUAAAAGUUUCAAAUGCCAAAGUGUUUUUUGUUUCGUCUAAAAUACAUAUUAUUAUUAUUACUUAUGUGUUAUAAUAGCCUGAUCAAUCAAUUUUUAUUUAACAUGUUACAAUUUUUUUUGUUACUCCUAUUGUAUUGUUUGCACAUAUUUUUAAAGAUAUACUAUUUAUUAAUUAUUGUUAUUAAAUUUUUCUUUUGCAAU